CAGGCGCGCCCCGCAGCUGCCGGGGCGGGCGGAGUCUCCUCCUGCGCUGUCCUUCCCCGGCCGGACGGAGAGCGGCACUGUGUCCCCGCGGCGCGCGCUCCGCCGGAGCCUCCCCCUUGCCCCGCUCCUGUCGCCGCCCCCGCCCCGGAGCACGGAGGCAGCAGCAGCAGCAGCGGCGGGCGCAGGCCCCGGCCCCGGCCCUCACCCCACCCCCACCCGCGGCGCGGGCGCUGCCAGGCCGGAGCCACUGGAGGUAUCCGUGCCUAGCUCCCCACCAUGGUUGGCUGAAUCGUUUCCUGACUGGCACUGAAGUGAGGACACCUUCAGGAUGGUUAAGAACUGUGCUGAAGACAUUAAAAUCAAAUGCCUAACUUGUAUGUGCAACAAUAUGGUUUCCUGACAGCAAGAGAAAAGUAUAUUCUAUAGCUACAAAGUCUUUAUGAAAGAAAGAUCAGAAGGAAUCCAUUGCUGGGCAGCACAGCUGGAGUAGUCAGUGAAGGUCAAAAUGUCUGCUACUGCUAAUAUGGGCAUUGGUGAUAUAAAAAGUGCAUCGUCUUGUUUUCUCUGAACUUGAGAUAAUCAACCUCGUGGGCAAAGUAAAAUAAAAAGGCAGCUGGUUUUGGAAAACAGAAUGCCAAAGAAACGAAAAAAUCCUGGUGUAAGUCCCUCUAGGAAGAUUGUGAACUUUGAUAGAACUGUUAAUACUGUUGAGGGACUGGAGCCAUCAUCAAGAGAUAUGACCAUGUCACAGGAAAUGUACAGUGUCAAUAAAGAAGAGCUCUUCAACAGUAUGUCAGAAAUGUUUUCUGACCUGGAACCUACUGUGGUUUAUAUGGUUCUUUCUGAAUGUGAUUUUAAAGUUGAACGUGCAAUGGAUUGGCUGCUAGAACUGUCUACAGCUGCUAACGGUGUAGCAUCUUCAGAAGUCUCAGGGUUUGAUUCAGUAGCAUCAUCUCUAGCUCUUGUUCAGCAGCAAAGGUCUCUUGCAAAUGAAGCAAUGAUAGAAAGUUCUGCAAAAAAAGAUCCUGUAAAUUUUAAAAAAGAAACAGAAAAGGUCCUAUCGCCUGAUAUUCAGUUGACUGAAGAACUGGAUUCUUUGAUACAAAAUGCUUUUGAGAAAUACACACUGGAGGACAAAUUGCAAGCUACUGAAUACAGUAGUUCUAUUGCCAUUACUGAAUCUCCUGAAUGGAAAAAAUCCACAUUAGGCUGUAAUGCCAUGCUUUUUCAAUCUGAGAUAAACAAUGCAAAGUUAGAAAACUUCUCCUUGACACUUUGCACUACAUGUAACAAAUCUCCUCAGCCAGGAGUACGUCAAUCAAGCCUCCAAAUGAAAGAGAGAUCAUCAGCUGACAUGGACAAUUUUACACGGGUAUUAAAAGACUGUAGGCUGCCAGAUAUACAUGCUGACAAUGGUGCAGCUCCAGAAAUCAUUGAACUAACAAACUGGGAAAUGGGUCAUAAAAAUCCCGAUCAAAUGCAAAAUGUUGUUUCCAAUGAUGAAAGUUUGAACUGUACUUUUGGUCAGUCCUCCCAUGAACUUCUAGAAUCUGGAACAGCUGUUUUUGGAAAUUCCAGUUCAAAAUGCUAUGAACAACAGGAAGAGGAUAUGGCUGCAUGCAGUGGCCAUAGAAACAUUUUUAUCCCUGAUGCAUUUACAUCUUUUGAAGGAUCCAGUUUCAAACCAUUAAAUCUCUCAGAUUUUCAGCAGUUUGAGCAUAGUUGUAACUUUAAUUUUUCUACAUCACCACAGCAACUUCAUCAGCCUCCUUGGAAUCCAAUAGCUUCUGAGUUAUAUCCGUUAAGUGGCAGUCACAGCUUCGUAACUCCAGUUGCUAUCAGUCCUGGACAGUGGAGACCUGCUUCUGAUUUUAGGACUUUUGGAAAAGGAGUGCCUUUUUCCUCUUCAGUUGUUUCAAAUGUCCAAGAUAGCAAUGCUUCUCUGAAGAUAUGGGGACAUCAAGAUGGAAACCAAAAAAUGAACCUCUCUCAAGUACACCAGCCAUCUGUUUGUCACACAAUGAGAAAAAAAACACAUCUUGUAGGUCAAGUACUUGUUCUUCUCAGAGGGGUUCCAGGAUCAGGAAAAUCUUUUUUGGCAAGGAAUUUGCUAGAGGAUAACCCAAGUGGAAUUAUUCUCAGUACUGAUGAUUACUUUUAUAAAAAUGAACAAUACCAGUAUGAUGCAAAUUGCUUAGGAGAAGCACAUGAGUGGAAUAACAUACAAGCAAAAAAAGCAUUUGAAAAGGGAGUAUCUCCUAUAAUAAUAGACAACACAAAUAUACAAGCAUGGGAAAUGAAGCCUUAUAUUGCUCUGGCUCAGCAGUACAAAUACAAAGUCAUGUUCCGAGAGCCAGAUACUUGGUGGAAGUUUAAACCAAAAGAACUCGAAAGGCGUAACAUUCAUGGUGUAUCCAAAGAAAAGAUCAAGAGAAUGUUGGAACGGUAUGAACGUUGCCUUAGUGUUAAUUCAAUCUUGAAUUCUCCAGUCCCAGACAAAUUGGAGAUUACUAUCUGGAAUGAAGAACCUACUCAGGAUGAAAACUGUGGAAAGAAAGAGACUCAUAGUUAUGUGAAAGAAGAAAGACCUUUGGCUUCUCUUUUGACAUCUCUUGAGUUAGCUGAAGAUAAAUCUGUAUCUGCUACACCUUCAGUACUAGAAAAUAGUUGUGUUAUUUCAGAUAAUAUGGAUAUAUACUUGUCAGAGCAUGAUGAAAAAGUGCUGUUGAAAAAAGAUGAAAAAACAGAAGAAAUGCAUAGAAUUAUUGAAACAGAAGCAAGUGAAACUGACAUAGGCAUAUCUGAGGAGACAACAAGCUUGCAUAUAUGCUCUUGUGAAGCAGUUCAAGAAUACAGUGAUAACAAGAUCCUUGAAGAUCAAAGUGAAGUAGAUCAGUAUACUGAAAUUCCAUUAGAACCAGAAUUAAUACAAAUAAAAGACAUUAUGAAACAAAAUGAUUCAUUUUUAAUUACAUCGGUGAAGCCAGAGUUAUUAAACUUUGUAGGUGAUUGGCCUGUGGAACAGACAAUGGGGCAGAGAACCAGAAGGACUAGGAGAAUAGAAAAAUCAUCUGUGUUUAGUGAUGAAGAUAAUAAAGCCACCAGCCAGCCUCCUCUGGAAUCAUGUGAGGUACAAGUGGGCCUGGCUGAUAUUCAGCCUGGUGAAAAAAACCAGGAAGAAAUUUUACAUUGUGAUACUCCUUCUGUUAGUGGUACAGAAACAAAAGCAGCAGAAUUGGAGAUGGUGGGAGAUUGGCCUGCUUCAAACUCUUUAGAGCAGAGGCAGCACAGAUCAAGGAGAACACGAAAAACAAGUCAAAGCCAGCCUGAUGACGCUGGAAAUAGUAAAUGUGAUAUACACAAAAACACUCUCAGCACAGUGAAUGUGCUUCAUGGAACAUCUUUGGGCAUUGAAAAGCUACAGGAUGCAGAGAAGUCAAAUUUUCACAAAUUGGAAACAGUAACUAGUGAAAUUGUCAGUGAGAGAAAGCCACAACAAAAUAAGAGAACUCGGAAACACCAUAAAUUAGCCGUAACGUUUACCAACCAUGAUUUGGCCCUUUCCAAGCCAGAGGAACAGUUGUCUACUCCUAAUUCACUGGAAGAAAACCUGGAAAGACAUGCAUAUAAACAACUGAGCAGCUAUACGCAAACCGAGCCACAGGAUUUUGCUCUCUUGUGGAGAAUAGAGAAGAAAAUUAUCAUUUCUGAGUGUCCUAAAGUAUUAAAUAGUAGACUAGAUGGAUUCAGACCUAAAGAUAUGGAUUCUGCUUCAGAUUCUCUGGAAAAAAUACCGUAUAGAGUUACAUAUGAUAAAAGCACAUAUGUAGAAGAAAGUGAACUUACCAGUAUUGAUGAAUCUGAAAAUCUUAAUAUUCUUUGUAAACUCUUUGGCUCCGUUUCAUUUGAAGCACUGAAAGACUUGUAUGAAAGAUGCAAUAAAGAUAUUGUCUGGGCCACUGGCCUGCUGCUGGAUUCUGAUGAAAAGUUGUAUAAGGACAAAGAUACUGAAUGCUUACAGGAAAAAGGAACAGAACCACUGGUCAUCAACCUUCACUCCAAGGCAAAUACAAACUGUGGAGAUAAUCUGAAUAAUUCUGAACAAAUCAAUGAAAUAAUUAUGACUGAUGGUGUUCUACUUGCAGAAGACAAUAAUUUAUCCAUUUUUGAUACAGAGAGUAAAACUACAGAUAUACUUGAAACAGAUGCUGAAGUAUCCGAUUCAUUAAUGAGCCUUUCACUAAAUUCUUUGGUAGAACCCAGAAAUACCAGUGACAUUGCUUCUCAAACUGAUGUAGAAACUACAGGAACAGAAAUGGAGCAAUCCAUUUCAGAGGCACAGGAAGUAAACUUAAAUGAUACAAGCCUGGUUUAUGAAGUGGAAAACAAGCUACCAGUCUUGCAGCCUGAUGUGGGUUUAUAUGAAUCUAUGCCUUUUCCUAAUGUUUUUAGCUCUCCUUCUGCUAUUUUGGAACCUCAGUUAAAUAAGGAUAGAGACAGUGAACCUUCAGAAAGAGAUCCAGAGAAUCCCAAAGUAGAUAAAACGAUUAUUAAUUUCUUGCAAAUGGAUCAAGCACCUUUGAUGAACCCUGCCAGUGACAAGCAAGAGUUUAGGACUGAUAAAGAAACUCAGGGGAACCCUAUGAUAUCUGUUGGGAAUGUUAAAGAAGAAAGUAAAAUCUCAGAUAGCAAUGAAGACAAAACCAAGAUAUCAAUUUCUUCUCAGUCUUUGAAUAUAGAUUGCCUAGAAUUAACAUUACCUGCCGAACUGGCACUUCAGCUGAAAGAAAUAUUUGGGCCAGUUGGCAUCGACUCUGGAUCAUUAACGCUUGAGGAUUGUGUGGUUCAUAUAGAUCUGAAUCUGGCAAAAGUGAUUCAUGAGAAAUGGAAAGAAUCUAUUAUGAAGCGGCGAAGGAAAGAAGAUGGAUCAUAUAAACUGCUUGUGGAAGGUCCCACGCUGAUUGAGCAGUUAGAUUUAGAUGACUCGGGCACAUUCUUAUCUCAGAGCACAGACAGUAGACUGCAGAAGAAGAAAAUGACUUGGGCCUCAUCUUCAUCUAACACCACACAGAUUAAAAAUUCAGCAGCACCAGAAGUUUUCCCUUUUAUGGAUCACUGGAAUGCACAAACACAGAAAGUAUCACUCAGAGAAAUAAUAUGUGAAGAAAUUGCUUUACAAGAGAAACAGGACCUGAAACGUGCCGCUUGCAUGGCUAGAAAAGAUUGUGCUGCCAAAUUGAAGGAGAAGCAACUCUUUGAGAUGUUUCCAACCAUUAAUCAAAACUUUUUAAGGGACAUCUUCAAGGAUAACAAUUAUUCUUUAGAACAGACUGAGCAAUUUUUGAACUGUGUCCUGGAGGCAGAUCCUGUAAGAACAGUUGUUGCUCAAGGGGCUGUUCAGCAAAGUGAAACCCUCCCUUCCUGCAGUACAGUGAAGAACCGAGAUAAAAAGGCAAAGAAGUUCAAGGAAGAUGAAGAUGUUAUGAGUAAGAUGACGUUUCAAGACAUUGAGUACCCUGGAUAUGAUGAUUUUAGAGCAGAAGCUGUCUUACAUCAGCACAAGAGACAGGAGUGUCUGAAAAAGGCAGGGGAGGCAUAUUGCAUGGGUAUGAAGCCUGUGGCAGCAUUCUAUGCACAACAGGGCCGCCUUCAUGAGCAGAAGAUGAAAGAAGCAAACCAUGCUGCUGCUGUGCAAAUCUUUGAGAAGGUAAAUGCCUCCCUGCUGCCCAUGAAUGUUUUGGAUCUGCAUGGUCUCCAUGUAGAUGAAGCCAUGAAUCACUUGUCCAGAGUACUACAGGAGAAAAGUGAAGAGUACAAGCAGACUGGUGGUAAACCCUAUCUCUGUGUGAUCACGGGAAGAGGAAGCCAUAGCCAGGGAGGAGUUGCUCGUAUCAAACCAGCAGCCAUUAAAUACCUCACAAGCCACAACUUCAGGUUCACUGAAAUCAAACCAGGCUGCCUGAAAGUCAUGUUGAAGUAAAAAGGUGGUAUGAAGGAGAGUGUGAAAACUGAGGAUACGUAACACAGCUAGAAACUUUAAACAACUACAGUAAAUAUAAUUUAAUUUUCUUCAAAGAAUAGUAUUUUAGUAGCUGUUUUAUAACAGUUGGUUUUUACAGCAUGUUUCCAAGAAAGUUUUAAUAGUGAAAUAUAUCUUUUUUUUGUAAUCCCAAAGAGUAGCAUUUAUCAGAAAUGCAGACUUGGAACACAUAAAUGUACAUAAGAGAUUUUAAAGGGAAAUCAAGGUGCCAUUUUCAAGCACCUCAUCCUUCUCAGUGCAGCUGGGGCCUAAGAUUAUCUCUGACCCUGUACAUUUUAAUGGUUGUGGAUGCAGUACUUUUUAAAAUACAUGCAGUAACUUGUACAAUUUUAACUUGUUUAAAAUAGUUUACUUUGAGUUAGAAUUUUGGGUUUCAAAGAGUGUGAGGGAACUAUGUAGCCAAUACCCACAGAAGUAAUAACCAGUGGGAAAUGGGUGCGUACACAUAAAGUUCAUUUGAAAAUUCUGGCUCUGGUCUUUUCAGUGGUAGAUUCUGAAGAACAUGAGCCAGUUCUGCUGUGUUUAUUCAUACAAAAUUCGGAAUAGAAGCUACAUCUGAGUGAGGACUCAGAAUGGGGCAUGAAUUAAGUAAGGAAAAUUUGCAAACUCACCUUAGUUCUUAAUGGAGUGGAAAAAGAACCCUCAUUCUCAACUCUACCUGUGUGACUAUAUUAAUAUUUUACAGGAAAAUCACCCAUUUUGCUGAAUAGCAAUAUACACAGUGAGCAGUGUUUAGUCUUUUAUGAAUUUUCAAACUGAGUAUAUGAGUACUUUUUCAUUUUAAUGAAGUUUUAUUGAUGAUGUAUUUCCAUUCUUUGUGUUUAAAUAAAUCAAGAUACAAUAUAAUAAAUAUAUUGGCACUUCCUCUGCAGAGAAUAUGAUGUUUUUAACUGCAGGGCAUUUCAAAAUGCAAGAGGCAUUUCUUAAGGUGAUAUCUUUUAUUGGACCAACAGUGUAAUUCGGAUAAAGUUAGACAAGCUUUUGAAAGCAAAAUAUGCCUUGCAUUCAAAAGCUUGUCUAACUUUAUCCCAACUACACAAUUGGUCCAAUAAAAGAGAUCACCGUAAGAAAUCCUUGCCUCCCACACAAUUUCUGGACCAACAUGACUACAUCAUCACUGUUAUACCACCAGGUAUUUCAAACACAUUUUCAAAAUUAAAACAAAUAUUAGAGUGGCAGUUGGUUAAUUUUAAAACUUGGGAGUACAGAAAUCAAUCCUUUGGCAUUAUUAGUGCCAUAUCAUCCAGAAAAUGUACUUAGAAAUAACAUAAGAAAAUCCCGCUGUACUUUAAUAAAUGUUUUUCAAUAAACAGAGCAUUUUAUUUCAAGAAAAAAAAGAACACAAAGAUAUCUUGCAGUAUGCUUUACCUUUUAAAAUUUUUUAUAUGAAGUCUUGUUUUCAGAGUAGUUGAGAGAAACAGUAGAAACAAUGAUGUGAAAUAUUUUAAAUGUUUUUAAAUUACUAUUUUGGUAAAUUUAAUGGGCAGGUUUUUCAAAGCAGUGUGCCUUUGUGUACCCACAAAUACUGGAAUCCAUACAUACUACCAUAUGUAUGUCACUGUUGCAUAUUAAUGGGUCAUGUGCAAGUUUCAUUUGUUUCCACAAAUAAAAGCAAGCAAGGAUUUAGUUUGAGUAAAGAUGUGCUCAUAUAUGUAGAGGUCCUUUUGAUAAUUUGUCCUUAUGAUGACAAGUAACUAAUUUAAACUGAAAGAUUUUAUGUUUUCAGAAUAUUUUUAUAUUCAUGUAAUGUAAUGCUGCCAGGGGCAGGGGGUCGGGCACGAUGAUCCAUUGUGGUCCCUUCCAACUCUACAGUCUAUGAAUGCAUACAUAUGCGCACAGUUACUAAAGGGUACUAUAAAUAUAGAAGUGAAAUUGUCAUAGUUCGGCAGAUACAGUUAUGUUUCUCUAGUAAUUCUAAGCAACGUCUGAGUGAUGAUAUAAAUACAUUUAAGACACUGUCAAGAAAAUAGAUCUUUGUAAUUAAUAACUGUGCUUUGGUUUGUGGGCAUUUAUGCAUGCAGUUUAGUCCCUUUACUUUAUCUUUGUGCCGUUUUUAAAGGCAGUGUCUGAAAUAUAAAAACUCAGUUCUUCAGGUGCUUAUGAGCAGAAUUCCCUGUAUACUUUUGUAUGUUGCUGUAUACACUAUGGUUCUGAAAAUGGUAAUUAGUAGUAAUAUAAAGCCAUAAGAAAAAUAUCCUUUAUCCUUUGGAGUUAGUGGCAAAACUUCCAUUGACUUCAGUAGUGCACAAGUGAAGUGUAAGGCUCUUGUUCAGUAAAACUUUUAAAAUAUGUGCUUAAUUUCAUUAAAUUCGAUGAGACUUUAGAUGCAUGCUUAAAUGUUUUCUCAUUUGGGGCCUAAAAUGGAGUAGAAAAGCAGAACAGAGAGAGAAUUAUAUAAUGAGAGAGAAAAUCAAAAUUUUGGAUUAUUUGCAAUAUUGUCCAGAAGAAACCCUGGAAUGUUAUUAUUUUGUAGCCUUUGUUUCAGACUGUCCAAUAUAUUUAGUUUACAGUGGGAGGAACUGUUUUUAAAUAAGCCUAUUUUAAAUGGUAUUUUAAAAUACGUUAAAUUAUGGGCCUCCAACCUUUAUGAUGGCUUUUUAAAAGAAACUGAUUAUAUAAUUUUUACUAAGAAAACGCCAUGCAUUUUUGUAACUGUACUUGUAAAAACAACAAAAAAAACCAACCACAAAAAAGACUUUCAGAAGCAUUAUCACGAGCAUUCUGAAGUAAUAGAAGACUGUUAAAAUAGGUAUGUAUUAAUUUUUUUUAUUUUUUUUUAUUUUUUCAAUUAACAACAUUCUGGAGGUUGGCAGGCCAAAAAUGUGAUUCCUUUCUUUUAAAAAUAUAAUAUUUUUAAAGUUCAUUUAAUUUUUAAAUUAUAAAAAAAUCUUUCAAAUUAUUUUUUCCUAAAGGAAACUUAAUGCCAGCAGACUAGCAUUCAUGAACAACCCUUCAGUAACAGACCCACCAAUGCAAUGAAAGAAAGCAUGAUUCUGUUUAAUGCAAAAAGCACGCACACAUUUUUUUUUUUUUUUUAAAGUUCAGUUUCAGAUUUCCAGAAACUAUAAAAAAGAUAUUAGGGCAGAACUGGUUUUUUUAAAACUUCAAAAAACCCCCCUUGAAUACUACUUUUUGUUUUUUCUUUUAUAGUUUGUGGUUCAGUUUCUCUCAAGCAUACAAUAUAUUUCAAGGCUGGGUUAAGGGCAUUUUAAACACAGUCAUAGUGGUGCAUUUGUGAUAUUUAGAAACUGGAAAUCUUUGUUACUCAGGAGGCCAGAAUCUGACAAUGUUACCAAUUCCCCACAGUAACUUGUAAAGAGAUUACUCUAAUUGGCAUGCAUUAUAAAGUGUUGUUCAUCGCAUGCUGUACAGAACUUGUAUUCUAGACUUUACUCUGAGGUGGAAUGUAACUACAUUGAUGCCUAAUCUCCUUUGUAAAACAUGGGCAGGUGGAGAGAGAAUAGUCCCAGUGUUGGUAUUAUUAAUAAAGGAUCAUUGUAAAUGUACUGAGAUGUAUAAUGCAUAGAAUUCGUUUUACUGAUGCUUAUAUCUUCAAUUGUAAUUCAUGUUUCAAAAAUGUCAAUUCCCUUUGUUUACUGAAUUGAAGAGAGGAUGGAGUACAACGCACUGAAAAUCAAAUAGUACGUUGACUUCCUUCAAGUCUGUUGCAUCACAGUUUGUUUUUUCUUUAAAAAGAGAAUGAAGAAUAAUUGAUUUUUGCUGUUUCACCUAGCCAGCUGUGUUGAGUACCCAACUGUGGUACCUAUGAAAGUUCACAUAUUAAAAAUACAGUAUUGCAGCUAUUGGUUGCAAAAGCUAUUCGGACCAGUACAUUGGAGGAUAUAAAUUUCUAUCUUAAAUUUGAAAUGGAACAUGGAUUUUUAUGUGUAUAAAGUUGUAAUUUUGCUGUUAACUAUUAUUCUAAUUUUUUACUGGAAUACAGUUUUGUAAUUUGCAUUUAGAAUUUCUUAUGUAAAAAUGAAUUUACAAACGAAAUCUAGUUUAAUAAAGACAUUUUAUCACAAA